AUGGCUAUCAGCCAAACAUCACACCAGAAUGAGGAUGCCCCAAAUGGUACGGAUGGUGGUGGUCGACGGACAAGAAUCGUGGUGGUAGGAUUGGGCAUGGUCGGGAUGGCGUUCAUUGAAAAGUUAUUAAAACUCGACGCCAAAAGACAAGAAUAUGACCUCGUCGUGAUUGGCGAAGAGCCUCAUCUAGCGUACAAUCGUGUCGGGCUGACGAGUUUCUUUCAGCAUCGACAAGUCGAGUCCUUGUACCUAAAUCCGGAGACAUGGUACAAGAGCCACCCUGCGGACUCUUUCAGCUACCAUCUCAACACUCUCGUGACGGAAAUUAAGCCCAACGAAAAAACUGUCAUAACGGCUCAAAGUCAAACAAUCUCGUAUGACAUUCUUGUUCUCGCCACGGGAUCAGACGCUCUUCUCCCGCGCCACACACCCGGUCACGAUGCCCGGGGGGUUUUCGUCUAUCGGACGAUCGACGAUCUACAGAACCUCAUCUCCUUCUCGUCAACCGUUAAAGGCACAAUGGGAUGUGUCGUCGGAGGUGGUCUCUUGGGCCUCGAGGCGGCCAAGGCCAUGAUGGACCUUGAGACCUUCCAACAAGUCAAACUCAUCGAGAGAAACAGGUGGGUCUUGUCGAGACAGUUAGACGCCGAUGCAGGAAAUAUGGUCGUCGACCUCGUACGCAAUCUCGGGUUGGACGUCAUGCUCGGGAAGCGUGUCGGUAGGAUCUUGACGACGGACGACGACCGCAACGCCGUCAAGGGUAUCGUCUUCGAAGACGGCGAGCAAAUUGACUGUACCUGUGUCAUGUUCGCCAUUGGUAUCAAACCACGAGACGAGUUGGCGCGCAAAGCAGGGUUAAAGUGUGCCGACCGAGGUGGCGGCGGUAUCACGGUCGACAAUGACCUGCGCACGAGCGAUCCCAACAUCUACGCCAUCGGCGAGUGUGCCAGUUGGGAAGACCAGACCUUCGGUCUUAUCGCCCCGGGUAUCGAGCAGGCAGACGUGCUCUCCUUCAACCUGACACAGGCCAAAGCUCAUACGCCCCGGACUUUCAAGAGACCAGACCUCAGCACCAAAUUGAAACUGCUGGGUGUCGAAGUGGCGAGCUUUGGAGACUUUUUCGCCGAUCGCGACGGGCCAAAGGACCUCCCGAAACGACACGUCAAGCGCGAAGAGCGGCGCAGGGCCGUCGAAUCCUCGAAAGGAGUGCCGGGUGUGACAAGCAACGGUGACAAGGCCCCAGCAGCAGGAGGAGUGACACAUGGCAAAGAUAAAGUACGAGACCUUACGUCAGGCCCGCCACCACCGACCCUGGCCGUCAAGGCCCUGACUUACCGCGACCCCUUUGCCGCCGUUUACAAAAAGUACCUCUUCACACCGGACGGCAAGUAUCUUUUGGGUGGUAUGAUGAUAGGCGACACGAGAGACUACGUCAAGCUCGUGCCCAUGAUCAAGAACAGAAAGAUGUUGGAUGUUCCACCGUCUCAAUUCAUCAUCGGUGCGAGUAGCGACAACAACGAUGGCGGUGAUGAUCUCACGGACGACACCCAGAUCUGUUCCUGUCACAACGUUUCCAAAGGGGACGUCAUCCAGAGCGUCAUCAAAGAUGGCUGCAAGUCCUUGGGUGAGGUCAAGUCUUGCACGAAAGCCGGGACUGGUUGUGGAGGAUGCAUGCCUCUCGUGACCAGCAUCUUCAACAAGGCCAUGAAGGACAUGGGCAACGAAGUGUCGAACCACAUCUGUCCUCAUUUCGCGUACAGUCGUGCGGAUUUGUACAACAUCAUCUACGUGCGUAAAUUGCAGAAUUUCGGGGGUGUCAUGCGCGAGGUUGGGAAAACCCCCGAAAGUUUGGGUUGUGAAGUGUGCAAGCCCGCCGUCGCCAGUAUUUUGGCCAGCAUGUUCAACAGACACGUCAUGGACAAGCCGCUUCGGGGCCUGCAGGACACGAACGAUAAAUACCUGGGCAACAUCCAACGCAACGGCACGUUCAGCGUCAUCCCUCGCGUGGCGGGUGGUGAAAUCAGCCCCGAGAAAUUGAUCGUGAUCGGCCGAGUCGCGAAAAAGUAUGGCCUCUACACAAAAAUCACGGGGGGUCAGAGAAUCGACAUGUUCGGCGCGAAGAAACAAGACCUUUUGAGUAUCUGGUCCGAGUUGGUCGCCGGAGGUCUCGAAUCGGGCCACGCCUACGCCAAGUCGUUGCGUACCGUCAAAUCCUGCGUGGGAACGACGUGGUGUCGGUUUGGGAUUGGCGACUCGGUCGGUCUGGCGAUCCGACUGGAAGAAAGGUACAAGUCGAUCCGGGCACCACAUAAGAUCAAAGGCGGCGUUUCAGGCUGCGUUCGCGAGUGCGCCGAAGCACAAAACAAGGACUUUGGGUUGAUCGCGACGGAAAAGGGGUUCAACAUCUUUGUCGGCGGCAACGGCGGAGCGACGCCUCGGCAUUCAGAGAUCCUGGCCAAGGACGUGCCUCCGGACGACGUGAUCCCCAUCCUCGACCGCUACCUGAUGUUUUAUAUCCGCACGGCCGAUAAACUCCAGCGCACCGCCCGCUGGGUCGAGCAAUUGCCCGGAGGCAUCAGAUACCUCCGCGAGGUCGUGCUGGAGGACAAGUUGGGGAUCUGCGCCGAGCUGGAGAAGCAGAUGCAAGAGCUCGUGGGUACGUUUUUCUGUGAAUGGACCGAGACCUUGAACGAUCCGGAGAAGCGCCGUGCUUUCCAACAGUUUGCCAACUCGGACGAAAACCUCGAACCGGCAGUCGAAAAGGUCGAGGAGAGGGGACAAGCCCGACCGGCGUACUGGCCCAGGGAGUCCGUCCACGACGAUUUCAAGGGGACCAAGUGGACCAGCCUGAUGUGGCAGCCGAUCGUCGAGGCAAGCAAGUUCCAAGGAGGAGACCCAACGACGGGAUCUUCGCAGACCGUCAUCCGCGGAGACACCCAGCUGGCCGUUUUCAAGCUCAAGGGCAAAUAUUACGCGAGUCAACAGAUGUGUCCUCACAAACGCACAUUUGGGCUUUCGGAUGGUCUGAUUGGAGAGACAACGUCGCCAGACUGUAAAGGUGGCAAGCUGUACGUCAGUUGUCCUUACCACAAGAGGAACUUCCAGCUGAAUGGAAAAGUCAACUUUGAGAGACCAGACGCCGGGGCGGGAUCUUGCUCCACGGACACCAGCAUGUCCAUCGCCACGUUCGGGGCCGAAGAGCGCGAUGACGGAUGGGUUUACUUGAAGCUUCCGCCCGUGGAGGAAAUGGACGCCGUGUUGGGAACGAGUAAAUGGGUCGUCAAGUCACAAGAGGCCAAAGAUCCGUUUGAGAGUCUCGACAAGAAAUUAGGGUUACACAAAGGCUUGAGGCCGACGAGGACUGCCGGCGCCAUACCGGGGACUGGGAACGUGAUGGCAGCAUCGUCACGGAGGACAGUGGGUGUCGCUGCGCAGAGGAGGAUUGAUUGGUAA